ACCUAAGAUUAGACCUGGCUCAGGCCUGACAGGGGCGAGGACAGCACCCCUCGCGCCCUCGCGCACCGCGCGGCCCUGGGGCCGGAGCGCUGUGCCCCUCUCCAGCGCUGCGUGGCUCGAGAGGACGCGAAGCGAGGUGUCGGGCGCGACCGCGCGCGCCGCCCGGCGGCCCAUCCCGAUUGCACCCAGCACCGCAGCCACCUGGAGCAUGGGCGCGCCAUGCGCACGCCGUCCGAGACCAUCCUGGUAGGGGAGCUGCCUGCGGACAUCGACGAUGACACCGUGAGGUCUGUGUUCGGCAUGUAUGGCACCGUGGAGAGGGCGAAGGUGGUCGGCAUCCUGAACUCCACCGGCAGGGCGCGCGCGGUCGUCAAGCUGGCCUCUCUGAUGGAGGCGCAGUGGCUCGUGGAGAACGGGGACGGCAAUUACGUGCAGGGGCUGAGCGAGCCCAUCACCGUGAGAUUUGCCACACAGCCAGGGCCAGGUCAGCAGCCCGGGGGCGGCUACGGCAAGCUCCUCAAGGCGCCUGCCGCGCGCGGCGCCGCGGGGCCCUAUGUCGGCGCCGCCGGGGCCCUCAGGAAGGGCGGCGGCGGCGACGAGUUCUCCGUCGCACACCUGAUGGCGACUCUGGAGCGCAGCGUCUUCCCCCCUACCAUCGACCGCUCUGCCCUGAUUCAGCUCUACGUCAGCGGGCUACCACCAGACACAACCGACCUGGACCUAGCUCUUCGCGCCGUUCGGGUGCCCGAUAAAGUUCAACGGCGUAAAGGC